CUGAGCGCGGGCGCGCCGUGGCGGGAAUUUUGCCUGUUUCGGAUUCAGACCCCACGGACUCCCGGGAUGUGGUCGGAACCGCCCGGGGCGGAUCUCCGGGAGUGAAAGUGUGAGCAGGACAUGAAAUAAACAAUGGAUGACGGUUCUGUCGCGUCGACGUUCCUGACUGACAGCUUGGAAUUGGAGCUGGGGACCGAAUGGUGCAAACCUCCUUGCUUUUCUUGUGCUUUUGACGACAGAGGAGGAGGAAAACAUUUUUCUGGCGAGUCCUACCUUUCUAGCGGAGCCCUUAAACGAUUAAUUUUGAAUCUUGAUCCUUUACCAACUAAUUUUGAAGAAGAUACAGUGGAAAUAUUUGGCAUUCAGUGGGUUACUGAAACAGCAUUAGUGAAUUCAUCUAGAGUGCUCUUUCAUUUAUUCAGGCAACAACUAUACAACUUGGAAACCUUAUUACAGGCCAGCUGUGAUUUUGGGAAGAUAUCAACCCUGCACUGCAAAGCAGAGAGUAUUAGGCAACAGUGUGUAACAUUUCUUCAUUAUGUUAAAGUUUUUAUCUUCAGGUACCUGAAAGUACAGAAUGCCGAAAGUCAUGUUCCUGUCCAUCCUUACGAGGCUUUGGAGGCUCAGCUUCCCUCCAUGCUGGUCGAUGAGCUUCAAGGAUUACUCUUGUAUAUUGGACAUCUAUCUGAACUUCCCAGUAUUAAUCUAGGAGUAUUUGUAAAUCAAAACCAGAUUAAGCUUUUUCCACCGUCAUGGCAUUUAUUACAUCUCCACUUAGAUAUCCAUUGGCUGGUGCUGGAAAUUCUUCACAUGCUUGGUGAAAAAUUGAGACAAGUUGUAUAUGGUCAUCAGUUUAUGAAUCUGGCAGGUGACAAUUUAACCAAUGUCAGCCUAUUUGAAGAACAUUGUGAAAAUCUCCUUUGUGAUUUAAUAAGCCUGUCACUCAACAGGUAUGAUAAGGUUAGGCCUUCUGAAGCGUUAGUGAGUCACCAUUGCCCAUGUCCAUGCAUUAAAGAAUUAUGGGUUUUACUCAUUCAUCUUCUAGACCACAGAAAUAAAUGGUCUUUCUCAGAAUCAUUUUGGAACUGGUUGAAUAAACUACUUAAAAGACUCUUUGAAAAAUCAAGUGACCAAAGAAGACCUUCUGUACCUAUAAUCCAGCCCAGGGAUCCAUUAGGUUUUAGUUGGUGGAUUAUUACUCAUGUAGCAUCGUUUUACCAGUUUGAUCGCCAUGGAGCACCAGAUGAAAUGAGACAAAUGGAAUCAAAUUGGAACUUUGUAGAGGAACUGCUGAAAAAGUCCGUCAAUGCUCAGGAUGGUAUACUAGAAGAGCAAUUACGAAUGUAUCUUCACUGUUGUUUGACACUUUGUGAUUUCUGGGAGCCAAACAUUAUAAUUGUCACCACUCUCUGGGAAUAUUAUAGUAAGAACCUGAAUAGUUCUUUCAGUAUUUCUUGGCUUCCUUUGAAAGGCCUUGUAAACAUCAUUAAGUCACCCUUGUCUAUGCUAGAAAUGGUGAAGACCUGCUGUUGUGAUAAACAAGAUCAUGACCUGUAUAAAUCCAGCAGUAGUUACACCAUUUUCCUUUGCAUUUUGGCAAAAGUUCUUAAGAAGGCAAUGAAGAACAAUGGCCCUCAUCCUUGGAAACAAGUCAAAGGAAGAAUAUAUUCUAAAUUCCAUCACAAAAGAAUGGAAGAACUAACUGAAGUUGGUCUGCAGAAUUUUUUCAAUCUUUUUUUACUGUUAGCAGCUGUUGCAGAGUUAGAAGAUGUAGCAAGCCAUGUUCUAGGCCUUCUGAAGUUCCUCAAGCCUGCCUUUCUAACGUCUUCUCUCAUUUGGAAGGGUCAGAUGGCCUUCCUCUUGAUGUAUACCCAGAAAAAUCUGGACAUUAGUGUUUUGGCUGAGAAAUUCUCAGGUGCCUUCCGGGAGAAAGCAAAGGAGUUCUUGGUAUCUAAGAAUGAUGACAUGGGACAAAGACAGACUCUCUGGACAUUUCUGUCUAUCUAUAUGGAUGGUGUUCAAGAAGUGUUUGAGACUAGCUGUUGCUUGCAUCCUUCCCAUGAAAAACUGCUUAAUGAUGGAUUUAGUAUGCUUCUGCGAGCUUGUCAAGAAUCUGAACUUAGGACAGUAUUGAAUUUUCUACAAGCUGUUCUGGCCAGAAUCAGGAGUAUGCAUCAACAAUUGUGUCAGGAACUUCAAAAGGAGAAUGUGGACCUAAUUGUUCAGUCUUCAUUAUUAGCUAAAGAGUGCCACCUUGCUGCAGUUGCCAGUGCACUGUGGAGACAUUUCUUUUCCUUUUUGAAGAGUCAGAGAAUGUCACAGAUAGUGCCUCUCUCACAACUUGCCGAUGCAGCUGCAGAUUUUACUUUGCUAGCAAUGGACAUGCCCAGCACAGCUCCAUCCGAUCUUCAGCCUCAGCCAGUUAUCUCAAUGAUACAACUUUUUGGUUGGGAUGAUAUCCUCUGGCCCCAAGUUGUAGCAAGAUAUUUAAGUCAUUUCUUACAAAAUAGCAUGUUAUGUGAAGCACUUUCUCAUUCAUCUUUCCAAGCUUUAACUAUAAGAUCAUGGAUCCGUUGCAUUUUGCAAAUGUAUGUGAAAAACCUCUCUGUGCCUGAUGAUGUGUUCAUUGAUUUAAGUCCUGAACAGGCAGUUGAAAAAGAGUACAUGGAACAGUUGACUGAACUGACAAGGUUGCUAUUUAAACUCUCAGAAGUAAAGAAUAUCUUCUCAGAGGCUCAAGUUGAAUAUUUACCCAUCCCAGAAGACCCUAGAAAAGCACUUGUUCGAUUCCUUGAGGCUGUUGGUAUAACUUAUGGGAAUCUGCAGAAACUUUCUGAUAAAUCUGCCAUGGUCACAAAGUCUUUAGAAUACCUUGGUGAAAUAUUAAAAUACAUAAAACCUUAUUUGGGAAAAAAAAUUUCCAGUGCAGGGCUGCAACUGACUUAUAGGAUGAUGGGAAUUCUUGUUAAAUCAUGGGCACAGAUCUUUGCCACCUCUAAAGCCCAAAAAUUACUGUUCCGGAUCAUAGAUUGUUUACUGCUGCCACAUACAGUGUUACAGCAAGAGAAGGAGCUUCCUGCACCUGUGUUAACUGCAAUUCAGAAGAGUCUUCCUUUGUAUCUCCAGGGCAUGUGUAUCGUGUGUUGUCAGUCUCAAAAUCCAAAUGCCUAUUUGAAUCAAUUGCUAGGGAAUGUUAUUGAGCAGUAUGUUGGGCGGUUUCUUCCAGCUUCCCCACAUGUUUCAGAUCUCGGACAACAUCCUGUUUUGUUGGCAUUGAGAAACUCGGCCACUGUUCCAUUGAUGUCAACUCUAAAGAAAUGCAUUGUACAAGUCAUAAGGAAAUCCUACUUUGAGUUUAAAGGGUCCUUGCUCCCUCCUCGCUUAGCAUCCAUUCUGGCCUUCAUCCUCCAACUCUUCAAAGAAACUAACAUUGACGUUUCUGAGGUUGAACUACUCCUCCCUGGCAUCUUAAAAUGCUUGGUGUUGGUCAGUGAACCUCAAGUUAAAAGGCUGGCCACAGAGAACCUGCAGUACAUGGUAAAAGCCUGCCGAGUGGGGUCAGGAGGAGAAGCUGCCGCCCAGCUGACUGCUGUGUUUAGGCAUUUUAUCCAGGAUUAUGGUAUGAGAUAUGAUUAUCAGAUUUACAGCAUUUUAGAAACAGUAGCAGCAUUGGACCAGCAGGUUGUUAUCCACUUGAUUUCUACCCUCACUCAAUCUCUGAAGGAUUCAGAGCGGAAAUGGGGCCUUGGCAGAAAUAUAGCACAAAGGGAAGCCUAUAGCAAACUUCUCUCUCACCUGGGACAAGUGGGACAGGAUGAGAUGCAGAGACUGGGAAAUGACGACACCUGAUAUCUGUUCGUCUUCUCUAUUAAUUAUAACUAUCUAAAGCCACUGGGCACCAUUCUGACUUCUACUUUAGAUUAAUUUUGUAGUGUUCUGUUGAAAACGCUUUUUAGGAUGUUUUCCUUACAUACUUGUAAGUAUAAAGUAUAUAAAAAAGGAAAUAAGGAAAUAAAUAAGGAAAUAAAAGUUAAUUAUGUUAUAGGAUCUUUCGAACUUGGCAAAACUGCAUUCUAUUCUGAAGAGAUUUUAAACUAAAUUAAAGAAACUUUUCUAACUGGAAGUGUUAUCUGUGUGUGACUAUUUAAGCAGGUUUGUAUUGGUUGAUCCAUGGACUUUUUACUGUAAUGUGACUUCUUGCCUUAUGAGUGAUUUGUUUAUGCUUGUUUUUGUUUUUUGCAAGUUAUGUUUUAAUAUGAUACUUUUUCAAAUUACCUGACUGCCCUAUGCUGGUUUUUUUGGAGGGGGAAUCAGGAGAUGGGACUGUAUAUUCAUUAUCCUUUUUAUACCACGUGUGAGGCAAGUUAAUAAAACCCUUACAAAGCACACUUAACUCUGUGAGGAAUGAGACUGAGUUUGACUAAAUGAUUUAUACACAUAAUAUAUAAAACAUUUUUUAAACUUAAGCCAACAGUGUUGAUGCUUAGGUUCCAACUGCUGCCAGAUGUUUUUCUGUACUCAUCCUUUCUUUUGGGGUUGUCAUUAAAAGACCUAUCAAGAGGAAGGUGAACAAGAGCCUUUAAGAAAAGAGAAUAAAUAAUAAUAUUCUGGAAAAUCAAUUACAAAUUAACAGAAGAGGUCUGAGAAGUCAGCUGAUUUUUAUCCUUGCUCUUCAAUCAGAGCCUCUUAUAACUUAGCAUCUUGUAUGUUCACAGGGCACCAGUUUAGUUUCUUUUAGUGGAUGUUGUCUCUCAACCUGUUAACUAUCUCAUUCAGAUUUAUUUUACCAGUUGGGCUCUUAUCCUUGACUCCUUUUUGUGGUGAGCAUGAUUUGGUAAAAAGAACUCCAGUCCUAGAGUUGGGAACCCACCUGGGUCUCAAACCCAGCUCUGUUUUGUGACCUUGAGCAAGUUACUUAACCUUUCUGAGGCUCAGUUUCUUCAUGGAGAAAGAAGAAGAAGGAGAAUCCUUUUUCUAUUUCACAAUGUUCUUGUAAGAAUCAAUGGGAUAAUGUUUGUGAAAAUAUUUGGUGACCUGUGUUCUGUUUGGAGGUGUACGGACAUGAUUACUGUAUUAUUCAGGCACAGUAGAGGUAAAGAGUACCUCUCAGUUUUGUUCUUCUUUCUCUAAUGAUGGGUCCUAGACAAAUGAUCACACUUUUUUCCAAUGUUUUCUUACAUGUCAUGUCGGCUAACUUUGAAAUAAUUUAUCAUUUUCUUCUUGGGACUCUAAUCUUUAUCAUGGUUCUACUAUUCCUUCAAGAAAACAUUUCAACACUUGUCUGGCUCAAGGAGUGUCUUUAAAAAUGAAAUGCAUUGCAAUCAGCACGCUAUAGUUAAUAGCUCUCUCCUAAUUGUAACCUGUGAAGUCUAAAGAAGUAUCUGUUGUUUUCAUGACAUACAGAUGGUCUAUUUUCCCCCCCAAAUCAACUGUCAUUACAUCACAAAUAGAAUGAAUAAAAGCCUGUUUAAGGUUACUUAAUAGAGUUCAUAGCAAUGAAUUUCUUUUCAUUAUGAUUUGUUAACUAAUAAUGUAUUACUUUGCAAGUUUAAGCAGUUCAAGUUUUAUCUAUUUAAGGUGAUGUCUUUAAAGUGGUCAUUUAUGUAUAUAUUCUUUUUUUAUUUUCCAAGGGAGAAACAUGUCUUUGAGAAUCUUGCUCCUUAGAGUAUAAAACUUUUAAGGGGUAAGAAGAGCUGCUGCUGAGUCAUGCAUUAGGGUCUACAUCUGCAGAUGCUGAGAGUAACAAAAGUUUGUACUUAAAAAAUGAGUAACAGCAAAAAGUCUGUAAUGAUACAUGUGUAUGUAUGUAUAUAUAUUUAUGUUUUUAUUUAUGUCUAAGUAAAAUUUUAAAGAAGCUGUUUUUUUAAUUGAAGAAAAAAGAAAAUUUAUGACUCAGUUCCUUUUCUUGAAAAUCUGCGCUGACCCUUCAUUUAGUCUCGUCUUUUUCCAUUCCCAGACUUAGAGUUAUACCUACUUCCUUACUAUUCAUUUUCCCCUAAAUACCCUGUAAUCUCUGAGGCCGCUGCUUCUACCAUUGUAACGCAAUUUCUUUUGGUGAAAUCUGAGAGUAUAUAUACGUUCUCAUUUCUCCUGUUCUUUGGCCUCUCUGUGACACUUGCAUUUCGCUUUAUCUUCUCAUCCCUUCCUCAGUGCUACUGCUCCUUCCUCCCUAUACUGUACUUUGAGAGAACUGUCAAGUCCUUCUUUCUUGUCCCCAGUGAUAAGAUCUGGCCCUUCACCUGCUCUGUCUCAACAUUCUUCUAGUAGUGAACUAAUAACACUAGCUCAUAAUUUGCUCUCUCAAAUCUAUUUCUAGUGCUAAUUUCUCUCUUAAUCUCUCUAGUUGGAUCCUUCUGAAAUCACAAGGCAACAUGUCAAGCUGUCCUUGUCACCUUCUAUUCCAGUCUAGCUCCUGCCUUUAUUUUCUACCCAGGGAAUACACCAUUUUCCCAGGUUACUUAGCCUUGAAACUUCAGGGGCAUCUUGGAUUCUUCAUUGUUCCUCACUUUCAGUCGGUCACCAGUACAGGCUCUUGCUGUUAUUUCCUUUUGACAUCCUAUGCCUCCGAACUGUUUUCUCUAUUGGGCACUGUAAUCUCCUUCUUUCGUCCUUGUCUCUGGUCUCCUUUCCUGCAGUUUAUCCCUCACACAGUUCUGACAUUAGUGUUCCUAAAAUACUACUUUUCUUGUGUUACUUUUCUGCUCAAGGACGUCCAGUGACUUCCCAUUUUUCUUAAGCUCAUAUUGAAACCCUUCAGUCAGGAGACUGUUUGCCAUCUGACUCCACCUUUUCUUUCCAAACUUAGCUCAAGCAGACCAGACUGUCUUAGCUGCUCUCUCUGAAUGCUAUGUUCAUUCUACACUCAGCCUCAUUCAGUUUGCCAGCUUAGAAUACCACCCUUUCUAUAAAAACCUAACCUUAAGACACUUAAGUAGGAAGAAAAUUAAAAUAUACAUAUUGGAUACAUGAGUAUUCUAGUCAAUAAUUUCUGUAAAAUACCAGAUGGAGUGUAAAUGAGAUGUUGAAGGACAACAGGGUGAUGAAAGGACUUUAUUAGACAUUCAGAUUUGGUUAUGAUUUAAAUUUUAAUUUAACAUUUAAUUAGGUUUCCAUGGGGGAGAAAAAAACGUGGAGUAUUGUCUCUGUACAAAAAUCAUUAUGUACUGAGUUCAUUUGUAUUAGAAGAGUUUCAUAGUUUAAAACUUUUAUAUCUUUACCCAUCCAUAGCAUAUUUUCUUUUCUUCUUAAGCAUAUUUGACUUCUUCUACCUGAGCAUCUAUGUAAAAAAAUAAUUAUUUGUGGGUUGUUAGAUUAUGUGUGUGUGUUCAUGACCCAUUAUUACUAUUAUUUUCUUCCAUGCUUCAUCACAAAUUUUUGAAGCUACUUAGUUCUUAAAGAAUGACAUGGACCCAUUUUCAUGUACUUUCAUAGAACCUUUGACGGUUUUUAUUUUUACUUCCCCUUUAUUAAGAUUAUAUGUUAUAUAGAAAUUUGACAAGCCUCUGCAGUUGGGAAAAGCCUGUAGGAAACCUACCUUCCCUAGAUCCCACAUGUUGAGAUGGCACUCGUGUUUCAAAGAUAAGGGGUAGAUAUCAUGGAAACCACCAAAAGCUGUGUUAUCUGUGUUAAAGCACUGUUUUUUGAUUGACAGACUUUUACAUAAACCUUACACUUUCCAAAAACUGGUCUCCUGCCUAUUCCUCCUAGGGUUAAAAAUAUUGCCUUGUCAAUCAAGUGUAUGGUAGGCCAAUAUAAAUAAUAUGCUUUGGUUAAAACAGUGGUUUGGGAAGCUAGCAAAGUAACAUAUUCUUUUACAUAUUUAAUAAGAUAUGAGAUUUGUAUUUUGAUUCUGUUAGAAACUGUAUUGAUAAGGUUACCAAAAUCAAUACCAAAUGAUUGGAACUGACUAAUUUCUGCUUAUUAAAAAUGUUUUUGGUGUGCUGAUAAUUAUUUUAUUGCAUUUGUGAAUUGUGCUUUUAGAAAAAAUCUGGCAUUCUUAUUUUAUAUGCAAAUUUAUAAGUUAUUUGUGCAUAUAAUAAUGAUAUAUAAUAAAAAAUGUAUGUGUGUAACAUA